AUGUGUUACGUCUAUGAUGCAGCGUUGGACAAUAUUACGAAUUCUCCUUAUUCUUUGGAUUCACUUGAAACGUACGAUUUCGAGGAUGAUACUAGCCAAGAGAAUAUUUCCAGUUUAAAUGAUUCCGCAACUUUGAAUUUUGACAUCAUUGAUUAUAUUAAUCAAUUCAGUAAUAAUGAUAACGUGAAGAAAUUUUAUUAUUUAAAUAGUUCCGUUUCUAAAUUGAUAAAUUGA